AUGCCGACCAAGCUUCUUGUCUUCUCUGCGCUGUGCUCUCUCGCAUUCGCGAAGUCGAUGGAUUGCCGCAUGAAGGUCCACGAGUCCGUAUCCGCGCCACCUCAGGGUUACGUCAGCAAAGGGCCUGCUCCCGCGGAUACGGAGCUCAAUUUGCGCAUUGCGCUCGCGCAGAGUGACCCGGAUGGGCUUAUCGAUGCGCUGUACAACGUCAGCACGCCGGGCAGCUUGGCCUACGGCGAGCAUCUCAGCAAGGAAGAUGUUGAGAAGUUUGCCGCGCCGACUGCGCAGACCUCCGAUGCCGUCAAGGCCUGGCUCAACCACGCCGGUGUGAAUGCGACUCCGAUCUCGGCUGCCGGCGACUGGCUCAGUAUCGCUCUCCCUGUCAAUCAGGCGAACAAGCUGUUCGACGCCGACUUCGCUAUCUACACCCAUUCCGAGACCGGCAAGCAGACAAUUCGCACGAUGAAAUACUCAAUUCCCACCGAACUCAAGGACCACAUCGACCUCGUGCACCCUAUGGUCGCGUUCCCGAGCCCGGUCUCCCUUCGCCCUGUCGUCUCGACAUCGUCUGACCUCGAGCGCCGUGCCACUAAACACCCAGCGAAUUGCUCGACCUCGGAGGUUACACCUGCCUGUGUCGAGUCUCUGUACGACAUUCCCCCCAUCAAGGUGACCCAGCGCCACAAUCAACUCGCUGUCAGCGGCUUCGAGAAUGAGUUCGCCAACCAAGCCGAUCUUCAGACCUUCCUGGAACAAUUCCAACCUGACAUUAAGGGGGCGACCUUCACUCUUCAGACCAUCGAUAACGGCACCAAUCCGCAAAACGGGAGCGAGGCUGGUUUUGAGGCAAAUUCAGAUAUCCAGUACGCUAUUAGCAUCAGUCAUGGCGUGCCAACCACGUUCAUCUCUGCUGGUCCUAACAACACGGACGGGGAUCUUGACGGCCACCUAGACAUGGCCCUCUUCCUCCUUGGCGAAUCCAAGCUGCCGCAGGUCCUGACGACCAGCUACGGUUUUGACGAGUCCGAUCUGCCUCGUAAGCUUUCCCACAAACUCUGCCAUGUUUACGCUCAACUUGGCGCCCGCGGUAUGUCCCUCCUCUUUGGCUCCGGUGACGGCGGUGUCUCUGGCUUGCAGUCUCAAACUUGCAACGCCACCUUUGUUCCAACUUCACCCUCUGGAUGCCCCUUCGUGACCAGCGUCGGUGCAACCCAACUCGUCUCGUCACACGGUGGUGAGACUGCCGCACCGUUCUCCUCCGGCGGCUUCUCCGACUUCUUUUUUAGGCCGAAAUACCAGGCCGAUGCCGUCAAAUCCUACCUCUCCUCCAUCGGCUCAACGAACAGCGGCUUGUUCAAUGCUUCGGGGCGGGCAUACCCGGAUGUCUCGGCGAUUGGAACGAACCUUUCAAUCAUCAUUGACGGCAGGCUUAAGAUAUUGGACGGCACGAGCUUUUCGAGCCCCAUCUUCGCGGGAAUGAUCGCACUCAUCAACGACGCGCUCUUACGCGCCGGCAAGAGACAGCUUGGCUUCCUCAACCCAUUCCUGUACAAGAAUCCUCGCGCGUUCCAUGACAUUACGACCGGCAGCAAUCCUGGAUGCAAUACGACCGGCUUCCCGGCUCUCAAGGGCUGGGACGCCGUCACUGGCCUGGGCACCCCGAACUUUAAGGCACUAAAGGAGGCAGCUCUGAAGGCAGCUAGGGUUCCACAUCCCCACCCAAUUGAGACGGAGUGUACAAUGCAGGAUGUACUCUCUGUGUAG